CCCAGAGCUUCAGAAUUCCGACGAUUUCAAAAAACAAAAAACCAAAAAAUCCAAACGGCACAAAAAUCCGAACGUUAUUCUUCUUCUUCUUCUUCAUCUCAAUUGCCACCAUGAAUGCCUAACCCACCUUGGCGGCUCCACAUUUUUCAAAUUCCAAAAAAGUGAUGGGGGUGGGUGGUAAAUUCUGGGACUUGCUUAAACCCUAUGCUCGGCACGAGGGUUUUGAUUUCUUGAGGAACAAGCGCGUGGCUGUCGACCUCUCCCUUUGGAUUGUGCAGCAUGAAACCGCUAUCAAGGCGCGUGCACGAAGCCCCCACCUGAGGCUCACAUUCUUCCGCACCAUCAAUCUCUUCGCCAAGUUUGGAGCAUUUCCAGUCUUUGUGGUUGAUGGAAGCCCAUCACAUCUAAAGUCACAGGCGAGGACUGCAAGAUUCUUUCGGUCUUCUGGUAUUGAUUCAUCUAGUUUGCCUGUGGCUGAAGAUGGCAUUUCAGCUGAGAGGAACAGCAGAUUUUCUAAGUAUGUUCAAGAAUGUGUGGAACUACUUGAACUACUUGGGAUACCUGUUUUAAAGGCAAAAGGAGAGGCUGAAGCACUGUGCGGUCAAUUAAAUCUCGAAGGUGAUGUAGAUGCUUGCAUCACAUCUGAUAGUGAUGCCUUACUCUUUGGGGCUAAAUGUGUGAUAAAAAGCUUCCAAUCCAAUUCAAAGGAACCAUUUGAAUGUUACUACAUGUCAGAUAUUGAAGCUGGUCUAGGUUUGAAAAGGAAACAUAUGAUUGCCAUCUCUCUUUUGGUUGGAAAUGACCAUGAUUUGAAUGGAGUGCCAGGUAUUGGACUAGAUACAGCUCUUCGCUUUGUCCAGACUUUUAGUGAAGAUGAGAUACUGAAUAGAUUACGUGAUAUAGGCAAUGGCGAUGCUUCACUGUUUCAAGGUGGUAUCCAAUAUGUGGAUGAUAUCGUACCGAGUUCAGCUGAGAGCUCGUUAAAGGCAAAACUUUCUCAUUGUUCAUUCUGUGGGCAUCCUGGCAGCAAAAAAGCUCAUUCCAAGUCUUCCUGUGAAUAUUGUAUUACCAACAUGGAUGAGGGUUGCUUGAAAAAGCCAGAGGGGUUCAGAUGCAGUUGCUCUUCCUGUGAUAUGGAUCGUAAAGAAAAGGAACAGAAGAAGCAAGAGAAUUGGCGACAGAAAGUUCUCAACAAAAUUGCACUGGAGCAAAAUUUUCCCAAUGAAGAGAUAAUUGAAAUGUAUUUGUGCAACAACCAUGGUUACUUCAGUGCAAAUGAGGGCCCUUGCAUAUCCUGGGAAAGUCCAAAAACUGAAUUGCUGGUUGAUUUCUUAGCUUUUCAUGGGCUAUGGGAACCAUCUUAUAUUCGCCAGAGGAUGCUUCCUAUGUUGUCUACCAUUUAUUUGAGGGAAAUGGCAGAAACUCCUGUAAACAAUUUGUUGUAUGGGCAAUAUGAGUUUGAUUCCAUUGACCGUUUGAAAAUAAGAAAUGGUCAUCAAUUUUAUGUGGUCAAAUGGAAAAAGGCUGCACCUACAAUGAAUUCUGUCACUUUCACAAAUCCAGAAGAGGAGUCAGAUAUCCUACAAGACGAUGUUAUUGAAGUUGAUGAAUCCAUUAGUGUAUGGGAUGAGUCUGAUGUCCCUGAGAUUCGUAACAGUGAUGGGUGCUACUUUUUGCUAACAGAUGAAAAUAUGGACCUUGUCCAGGCUGCGUUUCCAGAGGAAGUUGACAGAUUUUUGCAAGAGAAGGAGCUGAAAGAACUGAAAAGAAGAAAAGCCAGUGUAAUGCCUGAAACACCGCCAAAACCAAAAGGUGUGCAGCUAAAUAUCACGGAAUUCUACCGUUCUACCAAAGCAAAGAAACUGGAGACAGAAGCUGGAGAAGAUCUAACCCAGAUCAGUGUUAAUCAGAAUGCUGAAACUAGUAAAGAAAAGAGAAAACCAUCUAGUUCAAAUCUUCCCAAGUCUGUAAGACGCCGUCUUUUGUUUGACUGAGGCAUUUCAGAUUUUGGUCCCUUUCUGCCGAUUUUUAGGGAAAGUAGCUAAUGAUGUAAAGUUAGUGUCUCCUUCUACCCCUUAAACGACAAGGUUAGCUAUGUGUAUUUUUUGUAAUUAAAUAUUAGGUCUACAUUAGUGUGGGGUUUUUCAUCUAUUUGAGUGAGCAAAACACAAUUUAUGGUGUUCCUUUUGAAUUUUGUAAAGCUAUCUCUUUGAUUUUGUGUUGCCAUCUAGGACUCUGAUCUGAAGUACAAGUUCCAACUGA